GAAUACCUGGCUCCUAGCUGCGCGGGAGCCGCUUCACAGACUGCAUACCUGGCGCAGCAUGAGCUCUUCGAGCAGUGCCCUGUUCUGCGAGCUGACAUCGCUGUGCCCCAGACCUGGCAGGAGGUCCUCGGAGCGCCCUCUCGAUGCAAUGCAUGGGUGGGAACCAGCAGGACCCUGACGCCUUGCCACUGGGACUCCUACGACAACUUUCUGGCGCAAGUGCAUGGAUUCAAGCGCGUCGUGCUGCUGUCUCCAAACCAGCGCACAAAGCUGCACGUGAAGGUGGACGCAGGCACCGCGUCCCAAGGCAACAUCUCGCCAGUAAAUGUGGAGGAGCGGGCUUGA